GGUAUCGAACCAAUACCUACCAUACCAAAUCUAUAGUCUUUUGGAGUGAAUGUAAAUUUCACCCAAAUUUAACUAAAAUUUUGUACUCCGGGUGCGGACAGAGAGUUCCAUCAUGAGUGCAUUAAUUAAGUCCUCCUUAUCUAGAAGCCCAGCAUCGUUGGCUACAUAUCUGUAUAGAAACCUCCACUUAUCUGUUGGAGGUGCCAGUGCUCUAAAAGAUAGUUCAGUUAACGCCAACACUACAAAAGCGUAUACUGUCAUCGACCACAAACAUGAUGCUUUAGUAAUCGGUGCUGGUGGUGCCGGUCUUCGUGCUGCUUUUGGUCUUGUACAAGCAGGUUUCAAAACUGCAGUAGUAACAAAACUGUUUCCAACAAGAUCACAUACAGUGGCAGCACAGGGUGGCAUCAAUGCAGCUUUAGGGAACAUGGAAGAAGACAGCUGGCUGUGGCACAUGUAUGAUACAGUAAAGGGAUCCGAUUGGUUAGGAGAUCAGGAUGCCAUUCAUUAUAUGACAAGGGAAGCACCACAUGCAGUUAUUGAACUGGACAACUAUGGCAUGCCAUUCUCCAGGACCCCAGAAGGGAAGAUCUAUCAGAGAGCUUUUGGUGGUCAGUCACUGAAGUUUGGGAAAGGAGGCCAAGCCCAUAGAUGUUGUGCCGUUGCAGAUAGAACUGGUCACUCCCUCCUCCACACUCUGUAUGGGCAAUCAUUAAGAUAUGACUGUGAAUACUUCAUCGAAUACUUUGCCUUGGACUUACUAAUGGAAGAUGGUGUCUGUAAAGGAUGUAUUGCUAUUAAUCUCGAAGAUGGAACAUUACACAGAUUCCAAGCUGUGAAUACAAUCCUGGCGACGGGAGGCACUGGCCGCUCGUACUUCAGUUGCACUUCGGCCCACACUUGCACUGGUGACGGCACCGCCAUGGCUGCUCGCGCCGGCCUACAGAAUGAAGAUAUGGAAUUUGUGCAGUUCCACCCUACUGGUAUAUAUGGCGCCGGCUGUCUCAUGACGGAAGGUUGCCGUGGUGAAGGUGGUUUCCUUGUGAAUGCAAAAGGCGAAAGAUUCAUGGAACGCUACGCCCCCGUCGCCAAGGAUUUAGCCAGCCGUGACGUCGUCUCUAGAGCCAUGACUGUCGAAAUAAUGGAAGGUCGUGGAUGUGGCCCCGAGAAAGAUCACGUGCACUUACAACUCCACCACCUUCCGCCUGACCAGCUGAAGCAACGCUUACCAGGAAUUUCUGAAACCGCUAUGAUCUUUGCUGGCGUUGAUGUCACCAAAGAACCCAUUCCUGUAUUGCCUACGGUACAUUACAACAUGGGAGGCACCCCCACGAACUUCCGCGGUGAGGUGAUUACACACCACAACGGCACAGAUCGUGUAGUACGAGGUCUGUUCGCGGCAGGAGAGGCUUCUUGCGCGUCUGUACACGGGGCAAACAGACUCGGCGCUAACUCACUGCUCGACAUUGUGGUUUUCGGCCGCGCCUGCGCACAAACAAUCGCUGAAGUUAACAAACCUGGCGAUGCUCAAGCGCCACUUAAAGACUCUACAGGAGAGGCGAGCAUUGCCAAUUUAGAUAAUAUUCGAUACGCCAAUGGAUCCACUCCCACAGCGGAUCUGCGUCUGCGCAUGCAGAAAUGCAUGCAAAAGAAUGCGGCCGUGUUUAGGCAGCAGAACACACUUGAAGAAGGUCAACGUCAAAUCCACGAAAUCUACAAUCAAAUCAAAGAUGUUAAAGUAUCAGACCACUCACUGAUUUGGAACAGUGAUUUAGUGGAGACGCUAGAACUACAGAACCUGCUCAUCAAUUCGGUGCAGAUUGUGGAGGGUGCAUUAGUGCGUGAGGAAUCGCGCGGCGCUCACGCCAGAGAGGACUUUAAGACCCGCCGAGAUGAGUACGAUUAUUCUAAACCAUUAGAGGGCCAGACAAAGCUGCCAUUCGAGAAACACUGGAGGAAGCACACACUAGCGGAGACAAACGUAGCGACUGGCGAAACGAAACUCACUUAUAGACCCGUCAUAGACAACACCCUCGACCAGCAAGAGUGUAAAACAGUACCACCUGUUAUAAGGACGUACUAAUCAUCUGUAAUAACUUUAAUAUUGGGGUGCUAGUUUCUCAAUCGGUACUGUCUCUGCAUGUGAUCACUUCAACUGCGUUAUUUAUAAUAUAAUUUAUUUUAGAAUAGCUUUUUAAGCGCCACAACAUCAAAAAAUAUGUCCAAGUUUAGUGUCAAGGGAUUUUUAAACGAUAUACAAGUAACCACGUGCACAUCUACAUAUUGUAAUAUUUUUACCCUGAAUGAAAUGCAAUUAUAUUACUGUAAAAUAUUUGUUACAUAGAACAGCAUUUAUUGUGGUUGUAUUUUAUAUUGCCCUCCGUAAAACGCGGUACUUAAUCGUAAUAUUAUUUUGUAAAUUAUUAUAAUAUGCUUUAUUAAGCUUCAAAAGUGUAAUAUAUUAGAUAUCGGAAUAAAAUCAUUAUUAUUACAUAACGAGUUACACCUCCUUUCAUAAUCUACACAAAGCUUUUUGAUGUGAAUUUUUUAUCUUGAAUUGUCGUUUGUGUUUAGUAUUUAUAUAGCUCAUAUACCUAACAUGAGGUUAAGUAUGUAUAUAUGUAUAUAUAUAUAUAUAUAUACCUACUUUACUUAUAUGAAAUUGUAUCAAAAUUUUACUCAAUGAGAUUAAUUGUUAUUUUUAAUUUGGACCUUUAUCAUUGAUGAAGGGAAAUGAGGGGCAAUUACCUAUUCCUCCUAAUUAAUUAAUUAAGAAGAAGCCUGAGUAUCUUUAUGUAAAAUCGAGGACAAUAUAAUAAAGCCACUAUUGGGUAAC